CGCCCUCAAAAACAAAGUAAGCCGAAGGUACCUAGCGACAGACAUAUAGCAGAUUGAAAAAUACCUUGUGGAAAAACUAAAAAAAUAUAAACGUUUUAUUCAGCCGUGAAUGGAUGAGUAAAAGGAUAUGCAGCAAGUGUUUUAUUUGUGGGCAAAAAUGAUGGGAAACAUGGGUUUAGAGGGGGAGGAGAAAAGGGACAAAUUUGUCCAUGUUAAAAAGUAUCUGAAAUACAAAGAAACAAUAGUAAAUGUACUAUCUUGGACAGGAUACAUGACAAAAUACCCCAGCAUAGCCCUACGCCCUCUGUUGUCUGUUGGCGGGGAAUUGCUCAUCGACACUCCCCAGGAGACGGAGACGUCUGAGAGCUAAACGUCUCUGUGAGUGCGUCUCUCCCUUGUGGAGCUGACGCAGAAGCAUAAACUAGGCUUUAUCCCCUUCCUCACUCUUACGGCCGACGCACAACAGCAAAACAUUCUGCGGAUGUACACCCUAACACCCCCCACGGCCCACGCGCACGCCACGGCUGGAAAUUUUUCUAAGGACCACACUGAUAUCUGUCUGCAUUUCUUAAGCCUUAUCGAAAUUAUGUAGACUCUAUGUUAGCUGCUCUUUAAAGAGCAAGUCACCCCCAAAUCAACUUUUUUUUCUAAUGAACUAUAUAAAUGCGUGUCUAAUCGUACUUCAGACACGUGUAGUCCAUAGUUUUGCACUUAAGUGCAUUUUAGUAAAAAUUUGAAUUUUCUGCCUAAAAUCCAGGCGUUCCCCCGCUAAAUAUUCUGAAAGAUGGCUUUGUCUUUGUUCAUACCUUGACUUUGUUUUUACUCCUGAUUUUGUUUACAAUUUUGUCACUGCUAUUGUUUUUUUUACAUCUGUUUUUAUCAGUUAGAGGUAUUUGCCCUGAUUUUACUCAUGUUGCACAGCGCUUUGUGAUUCAUAUCUGCGAAAGGCGCUUUAUAAAUAAACUUGUACUUACUAACUAAAACCGUCAGUGUUGAGCUGCUGUCAGGUAAAAACUCUGCACUGCAUUUGAAUUUAAAUCUGCCAUCGCUUUUGGCUAAAGCCUGAUUUAUGCUUCUCCGUCUGCGUCAGCGCGGAGACACGCAACGCCAUUGCCUGUCCUUGCGUAGGGCUCCGGCAGGCACGCAAGUACGUACGGAGUCGAGCCCACUUUUUUAAACAUCCGUCGAACGAGACGGAUUACGCAAGCUUGUGAUUGGUCAGGACGCCGCUGUUGUUUACAGCGCCGCCAUUGCAAAGAGAGCCGAGGAUAACUAGCAGCAGACACGGAGAAGCUUGAAGAAUACCUCGUGAAAAAACUCUAAAAAUAUGAACGUUUAAUUCCCCCGUGACUGGAGGAGUGAAAAGAUACGCAGCAAGCGUUUUAUUUGUGGACGGAAAUGACAGGAAACGUGGGUUUAGAGGUGGGGAGCGCAUGAAGAGGUGUACGAGGAUGAGAGACAAAUUUGUCUGUGUUAAAAAUUCUCUUGUAUACAAAAACACAAUAUAAACACACGAUCUUGGACUGAUACAUGACAGGAUACCACAGAACAGCGCUACGCCCUCUGCUGUCCUGCCGGGGAAUUGCUUUGCAACACUCCCCAGGAGACGGGAGAAGUAUGAAAGCAAAACGCUUCCGUCAAUCCGUGCGUGUCUCUCCCUUACGGAGCUGACGGAGAAGCAUGAAUCAGGCUUUAGAGGUACCCUAGAAUGUUAGCUGGUACCAUAUGAUGUCACAAUGUCGUUGUGAGCCUGUGUGUGUGUGUGAGCCUGUGUGUGUGUGUGUGUGUAUUUGUUAGCAGCUCGGUCUGCUAGGCAACAGCAUUUGUUGCAUUUUUCAAACACAAAGUGGGAGAGGAGUAAUACUCUGGCAGGGGGUGACUUGCUCUAUUUAUGCUCAGUUUAUUCUGUUUCGAUUUAAAGUCAAAAAUAAAUAAAACUUCUGUUGCUGCAGUUUUCCCCCAACAAAUUAGUUGUUUUUUGUUCUGGAAUUAAAAGUGCAACGCUGUAAUAUUUGGCAGUUUCACAGAUUAAUUUGAAGAAAUGAGUGCAAAUAAGGUUCCUUUGUGAUAAACUAAUAAUGAAUUACAACAAAUGAGCAUAUUCCUCUAAAACGCUUGGCGUUCGGAUUGGAUCAGUAGUCAAUAUUUGGUUAAAUCUUUAUUCGUUAGAUAUUUAAAUGAGUGUACUAAUAACGAUGAAACACUCCUGCAAAUAGAAUCACUGAUUAAGUUUAAUUACAGAUGCUGCUUUUAUUUUGUGUAGUAAAUGUUGAGGUUUUUAUAGGUUAAAAGCAGGCUUAAUGGCUGUAUGAAACAGAGAAAAGGAGAUGGGAUGUUGUAACCGGUUUCUUGGCCGUUUGUGCGCUUCAGGGUGCUUCAUGUGACACUAGAAUGGCGGUUGAGUGAUGAAAAUAUUACAAACUCAGUUUAAAACAGAGUUUUAUGGUUUUAAUUAUAUUUUAAAUGCAUGUGUGGUUGUACUUGACGGUUACGCUCAUUUCUUUACUUUUAGAAAUAGAUGAUGUUGUUAGAGAUUUUACUUGGAUUUUCACUGGGAGUCCGGAGAGAAAUCACGCGGAAUAAGUCAGGAUAUUAUAACGAAACCGCAACCGAACACUGCGAAGCGGCACUUUCCGAGGCACAGUGAAGGCACCGCCGCUCUGAUUCACUCGAGCACGCGGCCAUUCACAGUUUCAGGUGACUCUGAAUGACAAGCCGGAGCGCGUGCCCUCGUCUUUGUUCAGCGGUGGGCUUUGCUUUGGGGGAUUUGUUGAAACCGGCCAGAGUCCGGGUCGCGAGGGUCGAACGAUGCGGAGGAAGUUGGAGAGUAAUGAGCGAGGAUGCUGAAACUGCUGGCAAGCCCGCUUUGUUCGGAGGAGCGCAAAGCUUUUGUGCCGCUGUCGUCCCGCAGCUCGUGCCCUGCUGCUUUGUCUUCUCCUGGUCCUCCGAUACCGACCGUGAGCAGUGUGGUUUGUCGGGGUUGGACCACAACCAUCGGCCGCCGCAUCAGCGGGUCAGAACCAUGAGUCUGUAUGGGGCCGGUGUCGGCGGUGGUGCCGUCGGUGGGACCAGAGAGAGGGGAGGGGCGGAGCAUCACCGGGAGCAACGGCGACGCUCCAGCGAUCGUUCACGCGAGUCCUCCCACGAGAGAGGAGAGAGCCAGCUGACGCCCUGCAUCAGGAAUGUCACGUCUCCGACUCGACAGCACGAUCGUGAACGUGGUGAUGGAGGAUCAUCCUCCCGAUCCUCGAGUCCACGCCCGCCCAGGGUGUGUCAUCCUUACACACAGGUGGGAGGAGCUCUGACUGGGGGACAUAUACCACGGUCCCUUGGUCCUCCUGGAAAGGACCACCACCCCAAGCCGGUGGGCCAGGGACCCGGAGACAUGAUCUACGUUUGCGACUUCAGCAGCAAAGAGCAUCGCUCCGGGCUCCGGCUGGGAGAAAGGGUUACGCUCAUUGUGGACAACACCAGGUUUGUGGUGGACCCUGCUGUCUUCACAGCUCAACCCAACACCAUGCUGGGCAGGAUGUUUGGUUCCGGGCGGGAAAACAACUUCACCCGACCCAAUGAGAAGGGCGAGUUUGAGGUUGCAGAUGGAAUCAGCUCCACCGUCUUUAGAGCCAUCCUGGAUUACUACAAGUCAGGAAUAAUCCGCUGCCCUGACGGCGUUUCCAUUCCCGAGCUGAGGGAGGCAUGUGACUACCUCUGCAUCUCCUUCAGCUACAGCACCAUCAAGUGCCGAGAUCUCAGCGCCCUGAUGCACGAGCUGUCCAACGACGGAGCCCGGCGUCAGUUCGAGUGUUACUUAGAGGAGAUGUUGCUGCCGCUGAUGGUGGCCAGCGCUCAGAGUGGCGAGAGGGAGUGUCACGUGGUGGUGCUGACCGACGACGAUGUGGUGGACUGGGAUGAAGAGUACCCGCCGCAGAUGGGAGAGGAGUACUCUCAGAUCAUCUACAGCACUAAACUCUACCGCUUCUUCAAGUACAUCGAGAACAGAGACGUGGCAAAAUCUGUGCUGAAGGACCGCGGGCUGAAGAAGAUCCGACUGGGAAUAGAAGGAUACCCCACCUAUAAGGAGAAGGUGAAGCGCCGUCCUGGAGGUCGUCCAGAGGUCAUCUACAACUACGUCCAGCGUCCCUUCAUCCGCAUGUCCUGGGAGAAGGAGGAAGGGAAGAGUCGCCACGUGGACUUCCAGUGCGUCAAGUCCAAGUCCACCACCAACCUGGCCGCAGCCGCCGCCGACAUUCCUCAGGACCAGCUGGUGGUCCUGCACCCUCCGGGGCCUCAGGUGGACGAGCUGGACACUCUGCCCCACCUCCCGGGCGCCAACGACCCUCACCAGCCGCUUGUCGGGCAGGGACCGGAGACAAACCCGGGUUCAAACCAGCAGGCUCAGGAGAACCCGAGCCAAGCCGGACACAGCCAGUCCCACAGCAACCAGCAGCACAGCAGCAGUCAGAACACUUACCGCUACGACCUGGACCCCGACACGCCAUCCCCCUCUGCAUGAUGCAGCCCCCCCUCCCCCAUCAGCCGUGUUCACGCCAUCAGCAGCGUGCUUUCAUCAUAACGCUGACACACAAAAUCCUGGUUACCCUGUCAGCCAAUCAGCACACACCUUUCAAACGUAAAGCACCUCAGUGUGAACACCAACUUCCUCCAGCUGCUGCUGCAGGUCUGCAGCGUCCAACUCUGUUCGUCUUUAUCUGACCAAAGGAGUUUAUUUCUGUUCCGUCUGUGGAAAAACCCGCAGCUCGUGUUGGACCUGUAAGCGUGUUGUGAGAUGCGGUUCCUCCUCAGAAAUGUGGGCUUUAGUGCCUCUAAUGUUUAUUUAAUUAUUUUUUCCAUUCUAUUUAAAAGAUGUUUAUAAAACGUUGUUUUUCACUCCCGUUCCUAGUUUGUUUUUGCAGGCUGAACUCUGAAACUGCACAGAUGUAUCGUCACUGCUGUGAGCACACAGAAUGUAAAAAGAUGUCAGAACAUUUUUUAAAUAAAUAUGAUUCACAAAACCUG